CAUUAUUACAUGCAUAGUACACACGAUACGCGGUUUACCCGUCUGGGAAUCCAGAUGGAAGCAAUUUUGAGCUUUAAAAUUUGUUUCGAUAAGGAAAACCUGUUGUAAAAAAAUACUAGGAGAGAGAUCAACAAUUUGCCAGAAUGUCGAUGGGGCAGACGAUGCGUGCACCCAGGGUGCAGCAGACAAGGACUCACGAUUAUCUUUACGACAAUGUGCACACACUGUCGAGUGAGAGGGACCAUGCUCGGCAUAUGUUCAAGGCCCACACGAGCUUGGACAGGGUUAAAAAAGUUCCCCUGUACAAGACCAUGUUCAGUGCACUGCGCCACCACCCACGGUUCCAAAUGCGACUGGACACAACGGAUCCCGUUCCGAGGUUCAUCUCCCGUCAGUGGCGGGGCUACUCCACUCAAGCCAGAGAGGCCUUGGUUCGAUACAAGACAUUUAACUACGCACCUGAUGUCAAGCUCCCUCCCGUCCAGUUUGCCCAGCAUGAUGUCGGGGGUCAGGAUCGGUACAAGUUCUUCCGUCGUCCCAUCAUCCCUUUCUUGCAGCAGGUGCCUCCCGAGGUCGUUCUGCACACCUCAAAGCUAGAUCCAUUUGGCCAGCAGGAGCAAGUCAUGAUGGAACGGUCCCCAACACCCCUAACCAGAACGGUGGACGUGCAGACAGAUUACCGGGAGAGUGAGACACAGACGGACCCCUAUACGCCAGAGUACGUGGUGCGGCCGGGCUCCCAGCCGGAGCUGCUCACGCUGGCCACUCUGUCAUACGGUCACGGUCUGCCUGCGGGUCUGGCCGAGGUGGAGAUGAUCGAGAGAGCCCGGGCCAAGCGUGCCUGGGAGGCCACCCUGCCCUCCCUCAAUGACGUCUCACAGCUGGAGAAGAGGAAGCGGAUGAUGGACGAGAUGGAGCGGAAGGAGUGGGCUCUCAGGGAGCAGGAAAUUGAAAAGCUGCAGGAAGCGAGGUUGGAACUGCUGACCAAAAUCCUGCGGGAGAGAGAAGAGAACCACGUGGAGCUGAACAGCAAGCGGCUGGACAAACUCUGGAGCAAGAAACAGAAAGAGCGGGAGAGGAAGGUGAACUGGAUACGCAAGGAACACAUCAAGGCGAUCCGGAAGCUGACCCUGAAACGCAGCCAGGUGGAAGGGAACUUGGAGCGGCGAGACAUCACCCAGGAAUAUGCCAAGUACGAGUCGGAGGUGUAUGGUCCUCGGACGCGGCACGGCGUCUUCCUGGACAAGGGAUCGGAGCAGUACGUGGUCAAGAGCAAAUACCUGGACACUUACCAAGGGUUGUUGGAGCUGGAGCACACCUUGCCGGACUUUGUGACCCAGCCCAGGGUGGUGGCUCCCAGACCCAAGUCGCAGGGCAAGACGGGCUUCAUCAAACGAGCCCAGCGCCGACAGAAUGAGCUGGAUGAAAUCUACAAAGGAAUCAAGGACAUAAAGACCAAGGGUAAGGAGGCUCCCAAGCCUCUGCGCUUCCUGCAGAAGAUCGAGAAGCCCAUCCCCCGGCCGCCCACGCCCUCUGUCGAGGUGCCUGACCUGGUGGAAGAGGAGAGGGAACUGGCUAUCAUCUUCCUACAGCAGGUCAUCCGUGGCAGGGCCAUACAGAACAUGAUGUUUGAGGGCAAGGAGAAGCGGCAGGAGCUGAUCAACGAACUGCGCAGCACCCACGCCCUGCAGUCAGCCGAGCAGCAGAUGAAGAAACAGGAGAAACAGUCCACCCUCAACCUGCAGCGACAACGCAGGUUGCACCAGCACAAGGAAUCCUUCGUGGACGAGGCCAUGUCCCAGCUGGAAGGCGAGUCAGCCGGGGACAUGCUGGACUUCCUCAGCAAGGAGCUGAUUCGUCUGCAGGAGGAGCGGCGCAUCCACGCCUACGCCAUGCUGGCCGAGAGGCAGCGCCGCAUCCGGGAGGCCGAGGAGUCUGGGCGGAGACAGGUGGAGGAGAGACGGAGGCGGGAGGAGGACGAGAUCUUCAAACAGGUUGUCAAGGUACAUCAGAACUCAGUGGACACGUACCUGGAAGACAUCAUCCUGUUGUCCAUGGACAACACGGCAGACAAGCAGGCCAGGGAGGAAAUCCAGAUGAUGGCACAGCGCAUCAACGAAGUGGCUUACGACAUGGAAGACAGGAAAACGGAACUGGAAUCAGAGGAGAUCGUUGCUGAGCUGGUCUCCACAUUCCUGCUACCUGAAGUCCAGAAGAUCACCGUCCGAGAGAAGGUCAAACUGCAGCAGAGGAAGCACCUGCUAGCUGCUCAUAAAAUAGUCCACAAGGAGACAGAGGAGGUCAUCACCCAGCAUCCCACGCCAGCCAAAGCUCAGGGGUCACAGGGUCGAACUGUUGGGUCACCCAAGCCGGGCUCAGCCAAGGAGGGUCGGUCCACCCCCACAAAGACAUCGAGGCCGGGAUCUGCUGCCAAGUCCACCAGACGGACGCCAACUCCCACAGCCGGGGCACCUGCCACGCCCGUCACCUCCAGACCCCCUAGCGGCACGCCCCGUGGCUCCCCUGCCCCCGAAGGCACCGGCUCCCCUAAGCCCAGACCCGGCAGUGGCCGUAGGAGGUCGGACGGAUCGGCCGCAGGAUCAAGAUCAGCCUCGCCCAAGGUUUCAAAGCAAUCACCUAGAUCUUCCCCAGUCCCCCAGCAAUCUACAUCAUCACCCCAGCCGGUCACGGAAACACCGCGCUCACCCAUCCAGGAGCAACCAUCCGUCCAAACUCCACCGCCCCCUGUCGACAAAGACACAACCCAGGAUACCGUUGCAGCAGUUGAACCGUCCAGCAUCCAGGCCCCUGAUGCAGAUGACGCCCCGCCCCCUGACGCCUCACCCCCAUUAGUCCCCGGUGGGGUAGAGCAGACCGAGCCUUCGCCCGACCAAACUGAGCCAGGCCCAGAGAAGGAACAAGACCCCAUCGCCAAAGAGCCCACAGAGAAGACUGAGAUUGGUGAGACCACGCCCAAAGAGGAUGCACCCGAACAAGACACCUCUGCUGCAGAAGCCCCCGCUGACCCUACCCCUGCCCUAGCUCAGGACCUCCUACCCCCUCAGUCCAGUCAGUCCUCCCAGCUGGGGGAUCCGCAAGCCCCAACGUCUGGCCAGUCCAACAAGAGCGGCAAGCAGACGGCGGACUCGGCAACUCAGGAGGAUGCUAGCAUAACCAUAACAACGGGACAGGUCCAGGAUGAGAAAAAGCCACCAGGAGAAGACACCUCUUGAAUCAGGAGUUACCCUACACAAUCUAGAUACUACCCUCCUAAUUGUCCGAAUUUUAGACGGUCAGUCAUUUGGGUUUUGCAACUUUUGGCUUUUUGAGCAAGUACAAGAUUCAUAUAAAUGUGAUCAUAGCAACGUAUUUAACCAUCCGUCCAGAUCACUGUGUACAUGUACAUAAAGACAAUAUCUAUGGCUUAAUCUAAAGGUGUAUAUAUGUACAGUAUAACGAUUUUCAAUAUUUUGUCAAUCUAGGAUCCUACGUGUGCUUAAUAGCUUCACUGGCUGACUGCAAGAGUUCACGUAACUUUUACCAAUUCAAGGACAUUAAUAGUUGUCAAUUAUGUUAGAAGCCAUUCGCAAGUUGUCACUUUGCCAAGGGUUCAACACGCCUGCUUCCCGCUGACGCUUCAAAAGCAUUUAGAAUAGCAUUCAAGAGGCAAACCAAGGUUCAUGUCAAAUAAUUUUCAAGGUGGAUAUUUUGCGGCUGGUUUGAAGUUUGGUUCACCUUGUGGUGUAUAUAUCAAAUACGCGGUGCUUUUUGUUUAUUGAGUAAAUCUUCCAUUAUUCCAUAAGUUUUGAGUAUUUUUCUGCAUUGGAUGGUUGCGUUGAGUCUUUGACGAAGCAAUCAUUCAAGCAUGUCAUCACCUAACACCUUGAUUAAAAGAGUUUAUUCCUUGUAAAUUGGCUAACUUGUAUGAUACUUGUUGCAUGUACGUGUUGUACUAGCAUGGAAGUUUUUGGUAGUGAACACACACGUACAGUGUUCAUAUAUUUUUCAUUGGUUUUUGUUUACAAUAGCCAUGAUAGUUUGUUUGUUUGGAGGCAUUUUUGUUGAAAGAGUUAGGGUGUACAUGUACAUGUACAAAGUGAGCAAAGAUUAGUAACAGGUUCAAAAACGGACCCACGAUUUGGGGAACUGGUUUUAGCUUUGGAAAACCCCACUUGUUUCAAUGUUCUGUACAUAAUAAACUGAAUAUAUGUAGAUGCAAA